AUGGACGCGGAAGAGUAUCUCCGCUCGGAAGAAGAGGAUACAACUCCAGGAUCACCAAUCACAGAUAUGAACGAAUUGUAUCAACCUGAUGAAGAGGAGGAAGAGCAAGUUGAGGACCAACCAGAGGUAAAUCCAGUAGCUGAAAAUGGACCACAACCAGCUGAAAACGAUGUUCAAAUUGAGGGAAACGUUCUUCCGGCUCCUGUAAGACGACUCCCAGUGAUCACUCAGCGCAACCGCGUCAUCGUUGAAGACGCUCCACCAGUCGAGCAAGCUCCUGCUGCGGAAAUAGCUGCAAUUCCAGAAGAAGAAAAAUCUCCAGAACAAGAUCCUAAUGAAGUGGCUCCGGAGGAUCCUAAUGAAGUGGCUCCGGAGGAUCUGGCUGCACCAGAGCCAGUUUUCCUGGUUCCUACUGGUCAACCUCAACGGCUCCCACGUUCGAGUUCAGUCAUCACACAAGGAAACAGUGCACCAGUUGUAGUUCCAUCAGCUCAAGAAAGACAGCUUCGUCCGAGACCUCAAGCAGCCCCCAAGAGAGCUCCAGAAGAUGACUCAGGAUCUUCGGCAAAGAGACAUCGUGCCAAUCAAGUUCAAGAAGCUCCAGUUGCAGCCUUGGGACCUUCGUCAAGCACUAGCGGCACAAAUCAGCCGGAAAAUAAUUCAUCUUCAGCACACGAAGUUUGUGAUAGCCGUACUCAACACACUGACCCAGGAGAGAGAUUCCCUCAUGGAAAUGAUAAUUUCUGCAGAGUCAAAGGCUGUGAUUGUAAAAACACAUAUCAGAAUCAAUCUUCAAAAAAAAACGCCGAAGAGGACGAGUUAUCGAUUAAGAAAGGAGUACAUUUCAAGGCACGUAUCCGGAAUGUGGCUCAAGAAAAAAAUCCAGAAGAAGACAAUAAUGUUGAGAGACGGGUUCAAACUCAAACCCAGCCAUAUCAGAGAAGAAUUGGCAUCCAAGGACCAAGAUCAUUUGACUUCUUCAAUCCUGACUUGCUACGUGGCGACAUCGAUAAUGAAAAAUGUUCGAGAAGUCGUCCAUUCCUGCCUAGUACCUAUUUGCACACAUCUGACUCCUCCCAUGACUAUCGACCUGAGACAAGACCAAGACCAAUGUAUGAGGAAUAUAUGAAGCGGCGAUCUUGA